AUGGAUAGAAAACUGGCCGACUGGGAUGAUGAUGAGCCUAAAGCGAUAUCCAAAAGAUGGGAGAAAGUGAUUGUGCUUAAAAAUGCGUUCACGCUUGAUGAACUUCAAGACGCCAGUACUGCAUUUGAUAUUAAACAGGAUAUUAUGGAGGGAUGCGAGGAUAUCGGUCCUGUAACAAGUGUCACGUUAUAUGAUCUAGAACCCGAAGGCAUAGCAACUGUCAAAUUCCAAGAGAAGGAUGAUGCAGUUACAUGUAUUGAAGUAAUGAAUGGCCGAUAUUUCGGCGGUAAGCAGUUAGAAGCCUUCCCUUACGAUGGUAAGAUUAAAUACCGUAAGAGUAAGAAGGACGGAGAAGACGAUAAGGAGCAAGAGCGGCUUGACAAGUUUGGCUCGUGGCUUAACAAGGGAGAGUGA